UGAACAUAGUUUCCAUAGCAACAGUAGUGAGGUGGAAAAUGCUUUUCCCCAUAACGACUAUGGAGACUAUGGAUAUAACUAUGAUAUGUGGAAUCAAAAGAACCAGGCUUUCGGGGUCGAAUCCUCGGAAUGCGACUUUGAUCAGUUUCUCCUUCAUGUUCAUCCAAAAGCCAGUGUCUUCGAUAGAAUUUCUAAAACAAAACCAGGAAAAUUUUCAACUAAGAUGAAUGUUUUGUUUUUUGGGCUGGACUCCAUGUCACAGCUUAGCUUUAGGCGAAAGUUGCCCAAGACAAUGAAAUAUUUACAGGAGUUGAAAUCUGUGACAUUGAAUGGUUAUAACAUUGUCGGGGAUGCAACCACUGCAGCACUUAUACCCAUGUUAACAGGAAAAACUGAAGUUGAAUUACCUGAGGUUCGUAAAUCUGAGAUGGAAUCAGAGAUGGUGGAUGUCUAUCCUUUAAUCUGGAAAAAGUUUAAAGAUGAUGGAUACGUUACAAUGUUCGCGGAGGACGAACCAACUAUAGGGGCCUUUAAUCUCCGCUUAACUGGAUUUCAGGAACAGCCUACUGAUCAUUACAUGCGACAGUUCUGGCUCGCGAUCUGGGAAUCGAUGCUUCGUUCUAAUAGCCCUCGUUACUGUACCGGAAACAUGCCACAUCAUACUUUCAUGCUUGACUAUUUAAAAGAUUUUUUUGUGAAAUACCACAAUGUGUCGAAAUUUGCGUUCGGAUUUCAAAGUGAGUUGUCACACUGGAACAAUAACCCUGUGGAAUAUAUUGACGAGGAACUGACAGAUUUUCUACGAUUUUUAAAUGUCAAAGGGUUUUUAGAUAAUACGUUGUUAAUUUUAAUGGGAGAUCACGGAGCACGAUAUAGUACCGUCCGUAACACAGUUCAGGGUAAACUGGAGGAACGUCUGCCCAUGAUGACCUUCAGAUUCCCGCCUUGGUUCGAAGACAAAUUUCCAAAUGCAAUUCAUAACUUACGCAAAAAUGCCAAUCGCUUGUCCACACCUUUUGAUGUUCAUGAAACUUUGCUAGAUGUUCUAGACUAUAGUAGAAUUGGCGUCCAGUCUCAACCUGGGGAUAAAUCCAUGAGUUUAUUGAAAGAAGUUCCGUUAAAUCGAUCGUGUGAAUCAGCAGGGAUUGAUACACAUUGGUGUGCCUGUCUAACGCAAGUUCGUAUUCCAUCUAAUGAUAAAUUUGCAAGGAUUUCGGCCAAGGCAUUGGUGUCGUAUAUAAACAAUUAUACUCAGAAACAAAGACAUUAUUGUGCUGUAUUAAGACUAAAAGAAGUGUUGACGGCUAUGUUAGUCAUUCCAAAUGAACAGGUUUUACGAUACAAAAGCUCGCAAGAUGACGAUCAGAGAAUCGCAAACUUCACCAGGGAUAUUAACAUGGAUAAAGCUCAUUAUCAGAUCACCAUAGAAACUCUACCAAAUAAGGGAAUAUAUGAAGCGACUGUUGAAGUGGAUUUCCGUAACGAAACUUACCGAUAUAAUGUCACGCCAGAAAUUAGCAGAAUAGAUCGCUAUGGUGAUCAACCAAAAUGUGUUCAAGAGAAAUACCCAGACUUGCGUAAAUACUGUUUCUGUCAUCCAGUUUCAUCGAACGUGACACAAGAUGGUGGCAAACACGAGGAAGAAGCAAAACACAGUUCUAUGAAGAGAAAAAACAAAGCUGGAAAUCCCCAUGGCUUGAGGUUAAAAACGGGUUAAAGUCAUGAAUGUGUUUAUUUUACACCACAUUCGACUGACCAUGGUUGUUUUUAUCUUUUAAUGGCAUUUAGCAAUUGAUCUUAAUACAACACAACAGAGUUCUAUGGAUAACAAUACUAUAUUAUAUACAACAAGAUUUCACUAGUCGUUAUCAAGCAUACAAAUUACAGUAUAUAGGUACAUUCAACAAUAAUAACAGAUACAAUAAACUUAGUAGGCUGUUAAACCCCAUUCAUUUCAUUCCUUCUAUAGUAGGGAUACAGAGUGCAAUAAAAUAACCGAACAUAGACGUAUUUACAUCGUUGGUAUUGUGUUUACUAUAAAACAAUGUUUCAGUAAAGGGCACGCAAUAACAUAAUAUUAAAGACAUGCAGUAUUUUUUUUUUUUUUUCUAUUCUCACUUUAAAGCUACUAAUCAACAAACUAUAUUUAAUAAAUUUUCUGUUUACUGUUCCCCUUCCUCUGACAUGGUGCCCGGUCAAAAUUUCCCUCACAGCACACUGUAUGGCAUAUUCCCGUCUUCAUUAGCCCAGUCAGGAGCAGAACUGUAGGAUGUUAAACCCCAUUUCAUUUUAUUAUCGUUCCCCUUCCCAUAUAAUAAAACUUCUUUCAUAAACUCUUACCUGAUAGUUUC